AUGGCGACGUUGGUGUCCAAGCACAACUCCGGUGGUCGUUACAAAAAAGGAUCCACGCGCGCAGCAGACAAACUUGCAACAAAAGAAAUGAGGUGCGCGUUGAGACGAAACGAGGCAGAGCGUGACCUGUUGAGGAUGGCACUCAGUCUGGCUGAUGACCUUGCCGGUAACACCUCCUUUUUUGAUCAAUAAUGAGGCAAAAAUGGAAUGGCUCCGCGUGUUUGGUCUUUUGCUCCAGUGAAUAUAAAACAUAUAAAAGUGACUUUUUUGAAUCUACAAAAGUCUUCAGGUGCGCCAAACCUUUUUGGUUGAUUUCAAAUCUAACAAGUUUACCAGUUUACCUCUUAUCUUCAUUCAUAAAAACCUCAAGUUGACUCAUUUCUCAGAUUUUGAUCACAAGGAUAUUGACAAAAAUAACAUAAGUGCAUAAACGGAACAUUCACAAGAGUUUUUGACUUCUGGACAUAAAAUUUGAAGAAAGUAGAAGGUUUUCAAAAAGGCAUACCGUACAUUGAUCGGCAAUGGAAGUUCGUAGAUUUGGGGUAAAGAAAAGAUUGCAAAGGAAAGUGAGCAUCAAGGCUAGAAAAUUUCCCAAAAUUUCGUUUGAAAAAAGUAAAAGUUUUCGUAACCUUCGGAUCGUAGCGUAGUGGAAUUUUUGAUUUCUAAAAUUCGCAAGGACCACGUUUUAGGAUCGAAACAAAAAUUCUGAGAGCAACCAUAUGAAGGAGAAAAUAAAUGAGAAAAAAAAAUCUUGAAAGGUGUUUUUUUGUAUGAAGUAUUAAAGACUACUAAAGAGUAGGUUUUCCUCUUUAAAAAGUAUAGGUUUUCAAAUUUUUCUAAGAGCGAAAAAAAUGAAAUAAACAAUGAGAACUCCUUCUCACCAGGUACAUCGAGAGAAGUUAGAAAGGACAAAGUUGAGGAUCGCAAGAGUCAAAAGAGGAAGGUCCGGUCGGCACCGAGCGGCCGCGCAAACCUAGACAACGAGGCCAUAAAUCUGCAGAAGAGUGA